AUGGCCCUUAACACGGACAGGAGGCGUAUCAAUGGGCCAGAAGAAAGCUUUCAUCCUGACUUCGUGGAAAGACAAGCCACCUCCGAUUCAUCCAAAAGAUGGAAUCCAGGUGAACCACGAAAUGGGCGGGGCGCGAGUGAUAUUCGACCUAUAUUUCUGAAGGCAGGGCUGAUCAGUCAAGCCAACGGAUCGGCAUAUAUAGAGACGGAGAGAACCAAGCUUGUUUGUGCUGUUUAUGGGCCUCGACAAUCGAAGAGCACUUCGUAUAGCGAAAAGGGCAAACUUAACGUUGAAGUAAAAUUUGCCCCCUUCUCCUGCACCAGGAGGAGAGUACCUAAUCGCGAUGCAGAAGACCGGCCUAUAGCAAUGUUGAUUCAGCGAUCACUGAACGCCGCCGUACGACUAGAAUUGUUUCCGAAGUCCACCAUCGACAUCUUCAUCACGAUCAUUGAAAAUGAUGGUAUUGAGGGAUGUGUGGCGUCCGGUACAGUCGCUGCCAGCACGGCGUUGGCUCAAGCCCGAAUAGAAAUGCUGGGCAUGGUCAUGUCUUGUUCCGCGGCAAACACCGCGGAUGUCGGAAAGGAGCUCUGGCUUGACCCAACCGAUGCGGAAAGUCGUUUAGCAAGCGGGAUCCUCGUUCUUGCGUGCUUGCCGGCACUCGGCAUCGUCACCAAUGUGUGGCAAAGCGGGAAAAUGAUUCCCGCUCGCGCCAUCGACUGUAUGAAAGCGUGUCAGGAACGCUGCGCCGAUAUACAUUCUGUUGUUGCUCAAGCUUUGCUCGACAAUGUGAAAGAGACGUGAACAUUUGACUUGGAUCUCCUGUGGAUGCAAGCCUCCAUUCUUCCAUGCCCGCGAUUUGAUCGAUCCCCGGGACCUCUCGUCGUCCCGUUGCAAGUCCGAAGCAUGCCUCCAAACCGCUCACGCCCUGAAUACCGAAUU